AUUAAAUUUCACCAGAAGCAAUCAAAGCAGCAAACUUUACCUCUUCCUACUUCUUAGCAUCAUCAAAUUCAAAAGAUAUACAUUUUUUGAAGAUCUCCAAGCUUAUUAAAUUUUAUGAGAAGAAGAAGCAAUCAAAGCAGCAAACUUUACCUUUUCCUACUUAGCAUCAUAAAAGUCAACCGGGUUUCCUGUGUCUGAUUGAACAACUGCGAUGUUUAUCAUCUAAAUGAUCCUGUUCAAAGACAUUCAAUUCCCAAAGCCAAAGAAACGUAAAUCACAAAAAAGCAGGAUGCAGGAAGUAAAGUUUUUGAAAAGAGAAUUCCCACCUCCCUACGAGAAAUUCAAAUCCUACUGCGAAAAGGAUUCAUAGGAAGCUAAAUUGGAAAUCAAAUCAAGAAACCAAAUUUGAGCAGUCUUGAAUCUAAUCUAAUUUAUAAACCACAAUCAUUGCAACUUCAAUUGCAAAUCACCAUGGACAGUCUCUAUUUCUCUUUAGAGGUCGACGAUAAGGAGUUCUCCACCUGCGACAACCACGAUGAUGAUGAAGAAUUCCAAAACGACCUUCAAGCCCUCAAGCAAGCCUGUCUCAAAACUGGUACUAACCCUGACGAUAUCCAAAACGACGCUGCCGAUUGCAAUCCUCCUCCGGUUCCUGUGUCCGUAUCCGCCACCACUGCAUCAGCCAACCCGUUAGCUUUGGAUUCUGAGAGUGAUUAUGAGGAUUUGGAGCUGCUUCGGAGCAUAAGGAGUCGUCUUGCGAUAUCGGAGGAUGUUUGCGAUCCUUUUUUACCGUCAAGUACUUCUGAUCAUAACGAGGACGACGCUGAAGAUGAUUUCGAGACUCUUCGUGCUAUCCAGAGGCGGCUUUCGGCUUAUACUGCUUCCGAAUCUGGGAUAUCAAGCGACAAGUCAGAGAAUUCUACCUUCCCAAAAUCUGCACAGAUGUUCAUUGAUGCAAUUAAAAGUAAUCGAUCAUUCCAGAAGCUUCUUCGUAGUAAAUCAACUCAGAUUGAAGCAAAAAUUGAGAAAAAUAAAAAAUUGAGGGAACGCAUUAAAAUUCUCAAGAACUUAGACAUUUCUUGCAAGAAAAGAACGACCCGGGCAUUAUCUCUGGGGAAGGAUCCCCGUAUACAAUUCAUCUCCACUCCCAAGUCCAACGCCUCGGGGAAACAUUGUUACGGUCCUCCAGAGAACCCUCAAGUUCCUGAUUAUAGAAUGGCUUUAACAAAGCUCCCACUUUCACUGGAACGGAAAAAAUGGAGUAAGGAAGAAAGGGAAAAUCUUAUAAAAGGGAUUAAACAACAAUUUCAAGAAAAGGUGCUUCACGGUUCUGUAGAUUCAUGGAGAGAUGGGAAUAAUUUGGACAAUAUUAUUGCAUCAAUCAAAGACAUUGAAAUUACCCCAGAGCGGAUUAGGGAGUUUGUUGCACAAGUUAAUUGGGAUCAAUUAGCUUUGAUGUAUACUCGUGGCCGUUCAGGUGUUGAGUGUGAAGCGAGGUGGUUGAAUCAUGAAGACCCAUUGAACAAUUCUAGUUCAUGGACAGCUGAGGAAGACAAGAAUCUUUUGUUUAUAAUCCAAGAAAAGGGGAUUGCUAACUGGCAUGAUAUUGCAGUUUCAUUGGGAACCAACAGAACACCAUUUCAAUGUCUAUCUCGUUAUCAGAGGAGUUUGAAUGCUUGCAUACUGAAUAGGGAAUGGACUGAGGAGGAAGAUGAGAAGCUUCGUUCGGCUGUUGAAGCAUUUGGUGAACGGGAUUGGCAGUCUGUAGCUUCAGCUUUGACAGGCCGCACUGGUACUCAAUGCUCUAAUAGAUGGAAAAAAUCACUUCAUCCAUCUAGAAAAAGAGUGGGAAGAUGGUCUGCAGAUGAAGAUAAACGCUUGAAAAUAUCAGUAAUGCUUUUUGGACCAAAAAACUGGAAAAAAAUUGCUGAAUUUGUUCCUGGACGAACCCAAGUGCAGUGUAGAGAGAGAUGGGUCAAUUCUUUAGAUCCUUCUUUGAGUCGUGGUGAAUGGAAUGAAGAAGAGGAUUUGAAGUUAGAAGCAGCAAUUGAAGAACAUGGAUAUUGCUGGUCGAAGAUUGCUGCAUGCAUGACUUCACGAACAGAUAACCAGUGUUGGAGGAGGUGGAAGGUUUUGCAUCCGGAUAAAGUGCCCUUGUUUCAAGAAGCUCGGAGGAUUCGGAAAUCCGCUUGUAUAAGUAACUUUGUAGAUAGGGAAUCAGAGCGUCCUGCAAUUGGUCCUAAUGAUUUCAUGACAUUUCCAGUAACAGAUUCAACAUCUAAACCUGAAAAUACCAACAUGAUUGUGAGGAUGAUGAUGUGAGUCUUGCUUGCUUGAGAAGAAAAUUAAAGGAG